UUUGCGUCUUGAAUUAUGCAACUAUCCCGGUAACUGUCUUUACUGACUGAUGUCCAUGAAAUUGCUCAGGCAUUUGUCUUCCCAGAGUGGUGAGUUCACUCGAGGUUUGCUUUGGAUCGGACGAGCCCAAUAUUCCAGCACCACUGAGAGUUUUGAUAUCGGGAUUAUCGGAGGUGGGAUACUGGGUUUGGCAACCGGACGGGAGCUGCUUCAGCGACAUCCUAAACUCCGGCUGUUGGUUUUGGAGAAAGAGUCAGAACUGGGGUGGCAUCAAACCGGACAUAAUAGUGGGGUGAUUCAUGCCGGUAUUUAUUAUGCUCCAGGUUCACUGAAAGCCAAGUUAUGUGUGGAGGGAAUGCGUCGAACCUACGAAUACUUGGAAAGCCAUAAUAUCCCCUACAAAAAAUGUGGGAAACUUAUCGUGGCCGUGCAUGAACGGGAACUACCUACUUUGGAGGAUCUAAUGCGUAGGGCUACGAUUAAUGGUUGUCCUGAUGUGGCCCUGAUUCCUGGAAGUGCGAUUCCUUCCAUCGAACCACACUGUCGUGGUCUUAAGGCCAUUCAUUCCCCGCAUACAGGCAUUGUUGACUGGCGACAGGUAGCGAUUUCUUACAGUCGUGAUUGUCAAAAGAUGGGCGGUGAAAUACGAACCUCACUCGAAGUGACGGAAAUCAAAGAAUCAUCGGAAAAUUGCGAUUUUCCCAUACGCAUUGUGGCACGCAGUACCAAAAAAGCGGAAACAUUAACGACACAAGUUCAAUGCCGCCACCUCAUCACCUGUGCUGGACUGCAGUCGGAUCUUGUGGCUAAAAUGACCAACUGCCCUUCAGAUCCCAGAAUUAUCCCCUUUCGAGGUGAUUUUUUAAAACUAAAGUCAGAAUACAAUCACUUGGUGAAAGGCAACAUCUACCCUGUACCCGACCCACGUUUCCCAUUCCUCGGCGUACAUUUCACACCUCGCAUUGACGGGUCUAUUCUGUUGGGUCCAAAUGCUGUUCUCGCACUGAAACGCGAAGGCUACGGUUUGACAGAUUUUAAUGUAAAGGAAGCUUUGAGCAUUCUGGCUUAUCCUGGACUUCAACGCAUUGCAUGGAAAUACUUGAACGUCGGCAUGAGCGAACUGCUACGAGCGUUUAUCAUUCGACUUCAGGUGAGAAAACUGCAGCAAUAUAUUCCUGCGCUCAAACCCGAGAAUGUCGAACGAGGUCCGUCUGGAGUGCGUGCACAAGCACUGAAUAGAAAAGGAGAGCUGGUUGAAGAUUUUGUGAUUCAUUCAGGAGAUGAUGCUUUUGGGAGUCGAAUUAUUCAUGUUCGAAAUGCACCAUCACCUGCAGCCACGUCUUCAUUAUCCAUUGCACGAAUGCUGGUUGAUAAAGCUGAAGAGCAAUUCCAGUUGAAGAAAACCGCGCCCGCAUGA